AUGAAAAAAGAGCAGGAAAUGGAAGUGGCAGAUAAAGGAGCCGAACAUUUAUGUCGUCGUUGUAAAUUUGUUUUGUUUUUGUUGCGGGAUGAAUCCAUGCAAAUGGAACCAGAAGUACCCCAAAAUAAAAUCGUGUACAAAAGCCGUGUAAAGUGUUCUCCACCCAAAGUAAAACCAGAAUUAAAAUGUACCAAAUGUUCAUUUAAAACAAAUUCGGUAGAGGAGCUUUGUUUGCAUUCUACAACGCACCUUUUUCAAAAAUGUCCUUACUGUACAUUAUCAUUUAUAUCGAAUAUAUUUUUGCAACGACACGUACUGUGGAAACACCAAAAACAAAAUGAUGUUGAGAAAAAAAUUACCAAUUUUUCUCAAACAUACGAUUGCAAAAGGCGUAUAUUUAAUACAGCAAACAUAAGAAGGAAUAACAAUCAUACACUUACAUUUAGACAUGAAAUACAAUGUUCCCAAUGUUCUUAUUUAACAAACAUAAGAAAGGAAUUUGAGCUGCACUACAAAAAACAUGUUGAUAAAAACUUAACGUGUCCUUAUUGUGACUUAAAAACAACCAAUACUCGCCAUUUGCAACAACAUGUGUUUUGUACUCAUAAGCAUCAAAAUGAAACCGAAAAAAGGGUCGAAGUUGCCACCGCAUCAUUAAAUUGCAAAAAAUGCAACUUUUGUACAGUAAGGGAAUGUUUUAUGGAAUUAGAACCAGGAGAAGCACCCCAAAACAGAUACAAUUGCAAAUUGUGUGCAUUUGGGACAACAGAUUUUCAAACAUAUUCAUGCCAUAUAAGGAUAUUUUGCAAGCACCCCCCAAAAAGGUCCAAAUUAAAAUUCAGCCAUUGCCCGUAUUGUGACUUGAAAGUGAACACGAAUUUCUCGUUGCAAACGCAUGUGUUUAGCAAACACAGGGAACUAAACGAUGUUGAAAAAAAAAUUGAAUUCACUUACAAUAUUUUGAACUGUAAUAACUGUAAAUUUUCCGCAGUAGUGCCAAGUGCGUUUGAAAGGCAUAUAAAAAAGUGUGUUAAAAUAAAAACAGAAAUAAAAUGUUCGUAUAAAAAAUGUUCAUAUAAAUCAAAUUCAGUUCAGAAGUACUAUUUGCAUUAUAAGAUGCACAAUGCCCAAAAAUGUCCAUAUUGUGUUAGUCAAUUUAUGUCGAAGGUUGGAUUGCAAGGGCAUGUGCUUGAUAAACACAAAACAAUAAAUGAUGUGGAGAAAAAAAUUACCCUCACUUGUAAAAUAUACGAGUGUACAAAUUGUGCUUUUUCCUCAAUGAAUUUAAAAUUAUUUAAAACCCACAUGGACUCCUGCCUCAACGUCAAAAUAUAUAAAUGUAAAAAAUGUAAAUUUCAUUCAAAGAAUAUAGAAACUUACAUAAAACAUACAUGUCAAGUUAUAGGAGAAAUAAAAUGCGACCAAUGUUUGUACAAAACGAACAUAAAAAAGGAAUUUCAGGCGCACUAUCAGCAACAUAUUGAUGAAAACCUGACUUGUCCUUAUUGUGGCCUAAAAACUACUAGGACUCGUGAUUUACAAGAGCAUGUUUUUAGCAAGCAUAAGCGACAGAAUCAAAUCGAAAAUAAAGUCGAAGUUACCGUCGCCUCAUUAAAUUGUAAAAAAUGCUCUUUCAACACUGUAAGGAACGACAUUUUUGCAACUCAUGUAAAAUUGUGUAAUGCAAGAAUUCCUUAGCAAGUUUUUACACCACUGGUAACUACACUCACAGGCA